AUGGAUUCCAUCCCUAGUGAUCUCAUUAACGAGAUAUUCUCGAGACUACCUGCAAAGUCAAUCGCGAGGUUCCAUUGCUUGUCGAAGCUAUGGUGUGCCAUGUUUUACAGUCCCUAUUUCACCGAGUUGUUCCUGACUAGGUCAUCGGCUCGUCCACGUCUCUUAUUCGCCGUCGAAGGAAAAGAUGCGUGGAGAUUCUUCUCGUUGCCUCAGCCUCAUAAUUCAUAUAAGAACUCGCCGUCUCUUGAAGUAGCCUCUAAAAUGGCGUCCUCUAGUUACAGAGGAAUUUUAAGGGGCUAUGCCUCUGGUUUGAUAUGUUUCCGUAAGACACAAGGAGAUGAGGAUACAGUAGUAUGUAACCCUAUCACAGGACAACAUGCCAUCUUACCUAGAGUGAGAAAGGUCUCUUCCUCGAGACCCUUGCUAGGGUUUGAUCCGAUUGACAAGCAAUACAAGGUACUGUCCAUUGAAAGGGGUGGUCGUUAUAGAAUUAUGACAUUGGAAACUGGAAAUAUGAGUUGGAGGAAGAUCCAAUAUCCUGCAAAACAUAAUAUUUUGAGAGAAGGGAUAUGCAUCAAUGGGGUUUUGUAUUACUUAGCGUACACUUAUGAUGAUACUUCUUCUGUGAAGAUAGUUUGCUUUGAUGUAAGGUCAGAGAAAUUCAAGGUUAUUGACACAUGCGUUUAUGAGUGGCCUAGAAGAUUGAUAAAUAUCAACUACAAGGGUAAAUUUGGUUGGACUGAUUUGGAGUAUGAUUCGGCUAAGGAGGCUUAUAAGUUGUAUAUGUGGGUUCUAGAGGAUGUGGAGAAACAGGAAAUUUCGAAAUACGUCUACACUUUUCCGGAUGACAUUAAAGUUAAGCGCUGUCUUAUGGUCGUUGGAGCGACUGCUACGGGUGAAAUUGUUUUGUCGUCGACGUACCGUACAUAUAAGCCCUUUUAUGUGCUCUACUUCAAUCCCAAAAGGAACACUUUGCAAACUGUUGAAAUCCAAGGCAUCUAUGCUCCAUCUAUGAAGAACAAGCCAAAACCACAGCAUCAGGAGUAUGGUGCUGGUAUGAAUAGGGAGAAGAAACGUAGGGAGAGAAAUGAAUGA